AUGACCGCCAUUAUCCGCACGAUCAACUUGGGCCUCCCCCGCGUGUCGAUGGCCCGCAUCCCCGUGGUUGCAUUUGGCAACAGCUCCCACCCCUCUGCAUACUCGUCCAGCUCCUGGGCCGAGUCAGCCAAGAAUGCUGCCGACAAGCUCGAGAACUCUGCCAAGAACCUUGCCCACGAGGCUGAACACCAGACCUCAGGCUUGAGCCAGCAUGCCUCCGAUGCGAUCCGGAUGGUCGAGUCUCACAGCGCACUGAAGCAGGACAAGGCACCCAUCCAUGCCUACCGCGAUGUCGACCAUGCUGAGUCCCGCUUCAUCAAGCACUAG